AUGUCCAACACUGUAAUGUCAGAUAAUCACACAGAUCAACAAAUGUCUGCUCUAGAGGAAACGAGGACGAGUCUUUGCGAUCAGUUUGCCUAUGUCUCUGGAUCGGAUAGUGCUGUGGCGCAGUGUUAUCUAGCAGAAAAUGAAUGGGAUAUGGAGAGAGCACUGAACUCUUUCUUCGAGGCUCAUAUGGACUCAGUCUUUGAUGUUGAAGAAGCAGAGGAAAAUAAAGAUGUGUCUGGGAAUAAUAAGAGAAAGGAGGUGCAUUCCUCAGACCCUGUUGAUUCUUCAAGAACAAAGAAGAAAUUCAAGGUGGAUUGCAUUGACCUGACAGUGGAGGAGCCCACCUGCUCCAGUGGUGUGAACCCCCCAGAAAGUAAGAUUGAAAGUGCUGUCCCCGAAUCUAAUGCGGAGGACCGCAAGCUCUCCUUCAUCAGCUGGAAUGUGGAUGGUUUGGACACAUUGAGUCUUGCAGAGCGCGCCAGGGGCUUGUGUUCGUAUCUAGUUCUAUAUACACCAGAUGUGGUUUUUCUUCAAGAGCUCAUUCCAUCUUAUAUUCAGUAUCUUAAGAAACGGGCUGUCAGCUACUUGUUUGUUGAAGGAAGCGAUGAUGGAUACUUCACGGCAAUAAUGUUGAAGAAAUCAAGGGUAAAACUUCUGGAAAGUGAGAUCAUUGGUUAUCCUACAACACAAAUGCUGAGGAAUCUAUUAGUUGCUCAGGUGAAUUUCUCAGGUCAGAAGCUAUACUUGAUGACAUCACAUUUAGAAAGCUGUAAGAACCAAUCAGAAGAGAGAAUGAAACAACUGCGGGUCGUGUUUCAAAAGAUGAUGGAAGCACCAGAAGACGCUACUGUAAUAUUUGCUGGGGACACCAAUCUCAGAGACUCUGAGGUGGUAAAGGUUGGAGGUUUGCCUCCAGGUGUGUGUGAUGUUUGGGAACAGCUGGGCAAGCAGGAACACUGCCGAUACACCUGGGACACCAAAGCAAACAGCAAUAAGACUGUGCCUUACAUCUGCAGAUGUCGCUUCGACCGCAUCUUCCUUAGGUCUGCUAAAACCGGCCCGAGAGUCACUCCUGACCACAUGGUCUUGGUGGGAAUGGAGAAACUGGACUGUGGCCGUUACACCAGUGAUCACUGGGGAAUUUACUGCACUUUCAAAACAUGAUUAAUAAAUCCCCAGGGACUAAAGGUCUGUCUCAUAGAAGAUAGUUUUAAAGAGUGUUUGUACUAAAAUAAAGAAUGUGAAGAGUGCCUACAAAUCCAGACUACAGAUCAGCGUAAGAUACAAAGACAUACAGGGAAUAAUAGGAUGCAUAGCUGGAUAUAAAAUACUGCAGAAAGAGAUCUUAUUGAAGGGUUUGAAUGGAAGGAUUUACUUCUUGUUAUCCCACAGUUGUUGUUGUCUUUUGUAGUUGUCAUGCAAAAUCUAUUUCAAACCAUGAUUUCAGUCAGUCUCUGCUCUCUCAUAAUGUCUUUUCUAAAAUAUGAAAGUGUUGACUGAAUUUAAAUGAUUUUGUUUAAAUAAAUGUGACCUUGAGUUAU